AUGGUUUCUGAGUAUUCGGAGCGCGAUUUCUUUGAUCCAACUGAUAAUCACGCCGCGAUAUCUGGAAUCGUGCUGCAAAUUCAGCAAGCGCUUGCUGCCGAAGCUCACAUCCCACGAACCGGUAUAAACAGAUUCCGUCCCAAAGAGAAAAGUCCUAGUAUUCCCGGCGAACGCUACAUGGCCGGCUUGUGGGAAAGAGACAUGGUCUACGGUCUCUUAUGGCGCAGUCGACGGCUCGUGGAUCCGCGGCUCUCUGCACUCACAGUACCAAUGCGAGCAGAACAGCCGGGGCAAGAAAAAAAGGAAGUCAGAAGAGCACCCUCUUGGUCGUGGAUGUCGCUCGUUGGUCCAGUAUGCCAAGGCUAUCUUACGCUCCCUUUGAGCGACGGGGCCAUGUUUCGCUGUGCACCCGUGAGAGGGUCAUGGAGUGCUGAGCCGGACGCCUGGGGUCCGUUAGUCGUCAAGCGUAAAGAAUUCCCCCAAUUUCCCCUCGAAAUCAGAGCGUAUGUACGCGAAGUGCGGGUUUCGAAAUACGAUACUAAGGACUUUGGGAGAGCAUCGGCCUGGGGUACGAUUGCGGGAGUGACCACGAUGUAUCCGAUCGAGAGUAUGCACCGACAUACGGUCUUGCUUGAGGCAAAGGAAAACAAGCCACUGGUGAAAAGAAGCAAGUCUCCUUUGAGUCCGGCGGAUGCCGCCCAGAUUGUGGCGACGGGGUGUUUCGAUAUGCAGUAUUCUUCUGGUAGUACUACACAGCAUAUAUGGGCCAUGCGAGUCACGUCAAAGGAGGGCCUGCUUCUCGGGGUUUCGAAUGACCCGCACUACAAAACUCAGGUAUUCAGGAGAUUGGGUGUGUUUGUGAUCGAGAAUGAUGCUGUGUUCUAUCCGAGGGAUGCGAUAAAGAAGGGUUCCAGUGGAUUACUCUCUGGUCCAUCAUCGGAUGUUGUGGAGGACAGGGUGCCUAUGAGCAAUGUGAUUAUUGUGUAG